AUGCUCCCACUCAACAGCAAGGAUCCCUCAUACGCUGAGUCGAACCUAAGAAAACCAACCAUGUCCAGCUCGAUCUACUCAGCACUGACCAAAUCCAAUCCAAUGUCCAAUCACCACCACCACUCAGCAAGUCACACGCCAGCCUCGACUCGGAACAGGAAAUACUUCAUCAUCCUGUCCAUCUCGUUCUGCUUGGUCGUCUACAGAUUACACUCCAUCAACCCUCAGACGAGUCUCCAGGAUAGGACCAAGGAUCCUGCAUUCCAAGCUGCCCACCAAGGAGCGACAACCAACAGGCUAACCCAUCCAUCCGGAUAUCCCAAAAAGGAUCGCCCAUCCAAAUCGAAAGCAAACCCAAAAGACCGUCGACCAUCCAACCCAUCCUGGCGGAAUUGGUCCUUCUGGCAACUCCCAUCCUCCUCAACUUGGUUCUCAAAGUAUCACACCCUGGCAGAGGAUCUCACCCAUUCCUUGAAGGGCGACAGUCCAACCCAUUGGCAAUCUCCGACCCCGUCCCUACCGCCCGACGCUCAACUCUACCAAAGACUCCAAGCGUGGAGGUCCGCUCCCAUCCCGGAACCCGCUCUCUGGGUUCAGUUCAAUCUCCAAACCUGUCCCGACGACCGAGUCGGAAAGAAUGCAAAUUAUGAUUUACUCAAGAGAGCCCAUCUGAUGUGGGCAACCAUGAAUUCGACUCACGUCCGAAACAAACGAGAAGAAAUGAUCCAAAGCUUAGAAGAGUUCGAACGCGAAGGAUUGAUGAGCGAAGAGAAUUAUGGGCACGGGAGAGGCAUAGUAUUUACGGCAGGGAACGUGGACACGUAUUCGCGAGUCUUCUUGACAGUGCGGAUGUUGAGGGAACACAUGGCCUGCCAAUUGCCCGUCGAAGUCUUCAGCUUCCCGUCCGAGAAACCGGACCAGGAGACCCGAGAGGCGAUGGAGAAACUCGGCGUGAGGUUCUUGACCGUCCAAUGGGCCGAGAAAGAUGUCCAUCGGAACAAGAAUUUCCACAUCAAAGCUUCGGCGCUUGUGGCCAGUUCUUUCCGAGAACCAUUGUAUCUCGACAGUGAUAAUUUACCAGCUGUCUUAGAGCCAGGAACGAUUGAGUCACUCUGGGAAUCGAAAGGGUAUAAGAAACUGGGUGCAUUAUUCUGGCCAGAUUAUUGGAAGACUCAUGCGGAUGUACCGGUAUGGUUAUUGAUCGGAACUCAAUGUCGGGAUGAAUGGGAACAAGAAGCCGGGCAAAUGUUGAUUGACAAAUCGAAGCAUCUAGAUGUCUUACUGUUGGCCGAAUACAUGUUGAAAGACUGGAAGUAUUGGUUCCAGAUCUCGGAUGGCGACAAGGACGUGUUCCGAUAUGCCAUGUUGGCACUCCGAAAGCGCUGGGCUCUGCCCGGUAGAUACCUCGGCGCUGCCGGCCUCUCUUGGAACACUCUUUCUGGAUAUUGUGGUCAUACAAUGUUGCAGCAUGACGUCAUGGGCCGACCACUCUUCAUUCACAUGAACUUGCUGAAACAAAUCCCAAGCGGAAUAAGCCGAGGAACAACAUUCAAACGAACUAGAACCGUGAAUGUCAAGCUGAUUGGGAACGAAACUGAGGCGGAUCAUGCGAUUGAAGCGGACAUGUUAGCGAAUGCUGACGAGACUGGCAAGGCGAUCUUAGAAGCUCCGGCUCCUGUUCGGAGACGAGCAGCGUUAGAAAGAGGGCUCCAGCCAUUCUUGCACGGAGGUGGAAACACCGCAAUCUGCGCAGACAUCAAGUGGAAAAACCCCGGCUUGAAGCCCACGGAAGACGUCCCCAAAUGGGACGAUCCCACCGAGAUCGUCUCAUGGAAUGAUGAUACUCGAUUGAAAGCUUUCGAGGAUCGAUACUACGAUAUGGGCGGAAGUACUACCGCAGUUGGAUUUUAA